AUGUUGACAGAUAUACAGAAUAAGGCUCUGAAGACAAGUUUGAUCACUUUCAUCCUUAAUGAACAAGAUCAAAAUAGCAUUGCCAGGAAGAAAAGAGCUCUUCACAAAAUACUGGUAGGAAGUUUUAUAAAUGGUGUUUGCAUUGAGUAUAAAAAUUUAUUCAAGAAAUUAAACAUCGUGUACAACUGUGCAGAAUUAGUCAAAUUUGCAGGCACUUUAAUACAAAGGGUCAAAUUAUCAAGAACACAGUUCAAAAAAUCAUGUUUCAUUCUUGUUAAAAUUUUAAAUGCAUGUGUAAGUCACUCUAUCAAUUAUUUACAAUACUUAAGGAAUGAUAUCAGAAAAGUAAUAAUAGGUUCUUUCUUAUUAUCGUUUUCUACUACAAAUAAACAAAAAUGUCCAACCAAUCACUCUACAAAAGAAUCAAAAUUAUGCGCAACAAAUGACAUAUUUGAACAAAUAGCUACAAGAGAAAAACGAUAUUCUCUUUUUGCGUUGGCUACUGGUCUCUCUUCCGGGGAAAUAGGCAACAUUGCAAAUAUAGCAAGAACCAUCGUUGCAAGGCAAGUUAGGUUGCAGAAUAGGACACUCCAACACCAACGGAACAUAAGAAGGUACAUGUCAAAUUUCGGCACAGGUAAUUAUCCAUACAUUCGCAUGGCUACCGAUGAAGCUGCUCAGAAUGAACAAAACGUUAUACAUAAUGGUGUUGCUAUUGAUAUAGACAACAAUGAAACGCAACACAGUUCGCAGCAUUCAAUCCUAAGUGAUCCUACUGGCUCUGCUGUGCAGUUUACUAAUACAAUUGUAAAUCAAAAUGUCAAUACUAGUACGACAACUAAUAAUUUUCCAAACAUGAACCCAAGUAUUCAAUUGAAUACUAACGACGAGUUCAACGAUAUGAGUACGACUUCGUCUUCAAAUGGUAUUCACAAAGUAAUCGAAAAUAUUAUUUCAGUAUUUGGUGAAGAUAGUAUCAAUCAAUAUGGACUUUUAAAUGAUGAUAAAUCAUAUAGUGAUAUCGUUAAUGAAAAUAAUGAAUUGGGUUAUGUUUUCCAAGCAGAAUUGGAUGGUUAUAAAGAAAUGGGUAUAGUAAUGGUAAAAUCUUAUUUUAAUAUUAUAUAA